AGCUUUCCCUUGUCGUCCAGGAAAGGGCUGGGCCCGGCCUGUAUACAUGUGAGGGCAGGAGAGAGCGACUGCCGGCGCUCUCCUGCGGAAUCCGGGUGGUGAGCACUGCCUGACCGAUUCUCGGGACUCCCCCACGUGACUCUGAGUCGCGGAUCACCGGAUGCCCAAGAUUCCCUGGACCCCAAUCCCCGAUUUCAGAUCCUCAGGACCUUACAAGUCAGAGGCCGGAUUUCGCCCUGGACACCAGAUUCCCAAACGGGACCUCCGGCCGGACUCCGGAUCUCCAGAUCUUCAGAUCCCGUAGGAGAUUCCCGAUCCUGACCUGAUUCCCGAUCCCGAGAUCCCGGUAUCUGUUGUCUCUGGCUCCUGUCCCGCCCCGGGUGCCCAAAGCCCGGCGCCCGACGCCCGAGCGCCCCCGCAUGGCGGGGCAGUGCCUGAGGUCCGGAGCCGCGGAGCGCGCGGGCAGCUGCUGGCAGGACCCGCUGGCCGAGGCGCUGAGCCGGGGCCGGCCGCUCGCGGCGUCCCCGGGCCGGGGCUGCGCGAGAAGCCGGCCGCUUAGCGUGGUCUACGUGUUGACCCGGGAGCCGCAGCCCUUGGCGGAACCCGAGACUGGAGCCGAGGCGGAGCCGCUGCCUCUGCGCUGCCUGCGUGAGGCCUGCGCGCAGCUCCCCGGACCGCGGCCACGACCUCAGCUGCGCAGCCUGCCUUUUGGGACCCUGGCGCUGGGAGACACCUCAGCGCUCGAUUCCUUCUACAACGCGGAUGUGGUGGUGCUGGAGGUGAGCAGCUCCCUGGCGCAGCCCUCCCUGUUCUACCACCUGGGUGUGCGGGAGAGCUUCAGCAUGACCAACAACGUGCUCCUCUGCUCCCAGGCCGACCUCCCUGACCUGCAGGCCCUGCGGGAGGACAUUUUCCAGAAGAACUCGGAUUGCGUUGGCAGCUACACGCUGAUCCCCUAUGUGGUGACAGCCACUGGUCGGGUGCUAUGUGGAGAUGCGGGCCUCCUGAGGGGCCUGGCUGACGGCCUGGUACAGGCUGGGGUGGGCACCGAGGUGCUGCUCACACCCCUGGUGGGCCGGCUUGCCUGCCUGCUGGAGACCACGCCCACGGACUCCUGUGGCUAUUUCCGGGAGACCAUUCGGCGGGACAUCCGGCAGGCGCGGGAGCGGUUCAGCGGGCAGCAGCUGCGGCAGGAGCUGGCUCGCCUGCAGCGGAGACUGGACAGCGUAGAGCUGCUCAGCCCUGACAUCAUCAUCAACCUGCUGCUCUCCUACCGUGAUGUGCAGGACUACUCAGCCAUCAUUGAGCUGGUGGAGACACUGCAGGCCUUGCCCACCUGUGACGUGGCCGAGCAGCACAAUGUCUGCUUCCACUACACAUUUGCCCUCAACCGGAGGAACAGGCCUGGGGACCGGGAGAAGGCACUGGCUGUGCUGCUGCCACUGGUACAGUUUGAGGGCUCAGUGGCACCUGACCUAUAUUGCAUGUGUGGCCGUAUCUAUAAGGACAUGUUCUUCAGCUCUGGCUUCCAGGAUGCUGGGCACCGGGAGCAGGCCUAUCACUGGUAUCGCAAGGCUUUUGAUGUGGAGCCCAGCCUCCACUCGGGCAUCAAUGCAGCUGUGCUUCUCAUUGCUGCUGGGCAGCGCUUUGAGGACUCCAAGGAGCUCCGGCUCAUAGGCAUGAAGCUGGGCUGCCUGCUGGCCCGAAAAGGCUGUGUGGAGAAGAUGCAGUAUUACUGGGAUGUUGGCUUCUACCUGGGAGCUCAGAUCCUUGUCAAUGACCUCACCCAGGUGGCACUGGCUGCAGAGCAGCUGUACAAGCUCAAUGCCCCCAUAUGGUACCUGGUGUCUGUGAUGGAAACCUUCCUGCUGUACCAGCACUUCAGACCCACACUAGAGCCUCCUGGAGAAACCCCACACCACGCCCACUUCUGGCUCCACUUUUUGCUACAGUCCUGCCAGCCACUCAAGAUGACUUCUCCCCAAGGGGAGCAGUGCUUGGUGCUGGUCCUGGAGAUGAAUAAGGUGCUGCUACCGGCCAGGCUGGAGGCUCAGGGUACCAACCCGGUGAGCGCAGUGACAGUGAGCCUGCUGGAGCCCGGUAAACAGGUGGUAUCGCCGGACGUUCCCUCCAGCUGGACCUUCCCGGUGGCCUCCAUCAGCGGUGUCAGCGUGUCGAAGCGAGACGAGCGCUGCUGCUUCCUCUACGCGCUUCCCCCGGCUCAGGACGUCCAGCUGUGCUUCCCCAGCGGAGGGCACUGCCAGUGGUUCUGCGGGCUGAUCCAGGCCUUGGUGAAGAAUCCGGACUCCACGUCGGCCGCAGAGGAGGCGGAGGGCGGAGGGGAGGUAUUGGAGUUUGAUUAUGAGUACACGGAGUCGGGAGAGCGGCUGGUGCUGGGCAAGGGCACCUACGGGGUGGUGUACGCCGGCCGCGAUCGGCGCACGCGGAUGCGCAUCGCCAUCAAGGAGAUCCCGGAGCGGGACAGCAGGUUCUCUCAGCCACUGCAUGAAGAGAUCGCUCUGCACAAACGCCUGCGCCACAAGAACAUCGUGCGCUAUCUGGGCUCAGCCAGUCAGGGCGGCUACCUCAAGAUCUUCAUGGAGGAAGUGCCUGGAGGCAGCCUGUCCUCCUUGCUGCGGUCAGUGUGGGGACCCCUGCAGGACAACGAGAGCACCAUCAGUUUCUACAUCCGCCAGAUCCUGCAGGGACUCAGCUACCUGCACGACAACCGCAUCGUGCAUCGAGAUAUCAAGGGGGACAAUGUACUGAUCAACACCUUCAGCGGGCUGCUCAAGAUUUCCGACUUCGGUACCUCCAAGCGACUAGCAGGCAUCACACCCUGCACUGAGACCUUCACAGGGACCCUACAGUAUAUGGCCCCAGAAAUCAUUGACCAGGGCCCACGAGGGUAUGGGAAGGCGGCGGACAUCUGGUCAUUGGGCUGCACUGUAAUCGAGAUGGCCACAGGUCGCCCACCCUUCCACGAGCUGGGGAGCCCGCAGGCUGCCAUGUUUCAGGUGGGCAUGUACAAGGUGCACCCACCAAUGCCCAGUUCUCUGUCAGCCGAGGCUCAAGCCUUCCUCCUCCGAACUUUUGAGCCGGACCCACGCCUCCGAGCCAGUGCUCAAGCGCUGCUGGAGGACCCCUUCCUGCAACCUGGGAAGAGGAGCCGCAACCCCGGCUCCCCCCAGUACGCUCUAAGGCCCUCAGACGCCCCUUCCGCCAGCCCCACUCCUUUAGCUGCCUUGACCUCCCAGUCCCAGACAUUCCCGCGGCCUCAGGCACCCUCUCAGCACCCUCCCAGUCCCCCCAAGCGCUGGCUCAGUUAUGGGGACACCAGCCAGCUCCGGGUGCCGGAGGAGCCUGGGGCCGAGGAGCCCGCGUCGCCUGAGGAGAGCUCGGGGCUUAGCCUCCUGCACCAAGAGAGCAAGCGCCGGGCCAUGUUGGCUACGGUACUGGAGCAGGAGCUACAGGCCCUGGCAGAGAGUCUGCACCUGGAGCAGGAACAGGGUUCCCAUCUGGGGAGGAAUCAUGUGGAACAGCUACUGCGCUGCCUCAGGGCGCACAUCCACACUCCCAACCGCCGGCAGCUGGCCCAGGAGCUGCAGGAGCUGCAAGAGCAGCUUCGGGCCCAGGGCCUUGGUCCCGAGAUUCUGCAAGGACCACUCUUCGCCUUCCCAGAUGCGGUGAAGCAGAUCCUCCACAGGCGCCAGAUCCGCCCACACUGGAUGUUCGUGCUGGACUCGCUGCUCAGCCGCGCUGUGCUGGCAGCCCUGGCUGUUCUGGCCCCAGAGGCGGAGAAGGAGGCAGUCCCACCGAAGUCGGAGGAGUCCAGUAAAGAAGAGGAGUCCCAGGAGAAGCAGCAGGAGACCCCAGUCCAGCGGAGCCCGCUCCCAGGGGAACCCGAGCAGGAAACCCCACCUUCGAUGGUGCAGCUGGGCCUCUUGCGAGCAGAGACCGAUAGGCUACGAGAUGUCCUGGCUGAGAAGGAACGGGAGUGCCAGGCCCUGGUGCAGCUAACCCUACAGCGCGUCAGUGGGGAGCCCGCAGCUGCUCUCACAGUGGACCAUGGCCUGGUGCGGUGGCUACAGGAACUGAAUGUGGAUUCAGGCACCAUCCGGACGCUACUGAACCACAGCUUCACCCUCCAUGCCUUACUGACCUGUGCCACUAGAGAUGACCUCGUCUACACACGCAUCAGGGGAGGGAUGGUAUGCCGCAUCUGGAGAGCCAUCUUGGCACAGCGAGCAAGGUCCACGCCAGUUACCCCUGGCCCGCGGGAGGCUGAAUGAGGACAUCAGAGACGGGAGGCCAGACCCAAGGAUGGACGAAUGCAGGAAACACAGCGGCUUCUGACACACCUGCCCCAGGACCCAGGGGCAACUGGAGGAGGCCAGGUGGGUGGGGGGCAGGGUAGGGCCCAAGCCUAGCCCCAGUGGGGGGGACCAACCAGAGAGGUGUCUCAAGCUCACGGAGUGCCGGCAGGCAAAGACUACUAAACAAUACUUUUGUACCCUU